AAGAAAAAUAUCUUGCAGCUAUCCGAUUUCCCCGACUUCAACAAAACAAACCAGUGUAGUGACCUAUGCUAUCGGCACUUCUUGCUCUAGCACUCCCCGUGGUAACCGCCUUUAUAACUCCGGAUGCGAUAUGGGGAAAUAAUUGUGUCCGAGCCAAUAGAGGUAUCUAUUGUUUUGGAGGUUUGCAACCAGGCCCAACCAUUUCCACGAAGAUGUAUCAUUUAGACAUCUCAACUUCCUGGGAUUCUACCGCACCACCAUGGUCAGAUUUGUCGGAUUCCAAUUCCAGCACAACGGUCCCAGCGAUAAAUUCAGCAUUUGCCGGAGCUUCUACCUUAUCAGACCACAGUAACAUUUUAGUAAACGGUGGAUCGACUGCUCCAGACCUGACCGCUGUUUCCAGUAGUACAGCUCAAUUCGACACCAGAACGAACACAUGGUCUGUGCCAGUCAUUUCAGAUCGGUCGCUGAAACAAUCACGAUAUUAUCACUCGCUUUUGUCAGAUGGUCAAGGUAGAAUUUGGAUAUGGGGAGGGCGAGACACCGAACAGUACUACAACACUUGGGCUGUAAUGGAUACCACAACUUGGAGCAUAAGCUACCCAGAAAUACCAAACGCACCUGGUCCUAGAAUACAGCAUACUGCAACUAUGGUUCCUGAUGGUAAAAUUAUCAUCAUAGGCGGUUUAACUUAUUCUCGCAAUGUAACGGACCCGCUGGGUGGGCAAAUACUAAAUCCUGUUUCAAUGGCCGACCUACUUCUAUUUGAUAUGGCCACCGCAAAAUGGACAAAUCUAACUGCCGGUGGAAAUGUGCCCGCUCCUAGACGGGAGCAUACUUCAGUAUUGAGUCGUGAUUCUUCUUCAAUAAUUGUAUUCGGAGGCGGGGAUCCAAGAUUUAAUAAUGUUAAUAUGAACGAUGUUUUUGUUCUCAACUUGACAUCUUUACUGUGGAGCUCGCCAUCAACCUCAAAUGAACCACCUCCUCCAAGAAAGUCCCACCAAGCUAUUCUGGUCAAAGAUUCAAUGCUCAUCAUGUUCGGAAACAACGGUGAAGACAGCGCAUACAAUGAUGUUCACAUUAUGGAUACAUCAACUUGGAGUUGGAAAACCCAGUAUGAUAUAAACGAUGAUGAGCCAAAGGAUACUGAGAGUAUGGGCUCAUCGGCUGGAGCCAACAAUCAACAUGUAAUGUCUUUACAGGCUGAAUUAGCCACCAAAGCUUUAUUCGGCUCGAUCAUCUUGGCCAGUGCCUUAGCGAUAAUUGGUUUAAUUUGUUUGAUCGGUAACAUCAUAUCUUAUCAUCGAACAAAAAGCCGUCAACGAAAGUCCGAAGCAUUUGACAAUGUUCUUUCUGAAAACUACCUACAAGAUAUUCGAGAACUUAUCCGAAUGGGAACUUUACAUUCUCAGCUGCACUCGUCUAUGACCCCACAAAAGCCAGACCUUGAGGAUGACAUUAGUUCUCAAAAACCAAACGAGCAAGACUCACUUCCCUAGAUCCAAUUUUGAAUUGUAUUCAAAUUCAUGUAAAUUAAAAUCCCCCCAGCAGCAAUGUCACAAUAAUACAAGUCUAUUAAAAUGCCAACAACAAAAAGAAUAAAACAUGAGAAUGAGUUGAAAAUCAAAGCAUCAAGCUAGAUGUCUAAUAGUAGAAGAGU